GGACUCGGUAAGGGUGGUGCCAAGCGCCACCGCAAGAUUCUCCGUGACAACAUUCAAGGUAUCACGAAGCCGGCUAUCCGCCGUCUCGCUCGUCGCGGUGGUGUCAAGCGUAUUUCCGGCCUCAUUUAUGAGGAGACCCGUGGUGUUCUCAAGAUUUUCCUGGAGAACGUGAUCCGUGACUCUGUCACAUACACUGAGCACGCGAAGCGUAAGACCGUCACUGCAUUGGAUGUCGUAUACGCGCUGAAGAGGUCCGGACGCACCCUCUACGGCUUCGGCGCCUGA